CAAUGUUGUAUGACUUGUUUUUCUGCAACGACGAGCGUCAGUUAAACAAUUGCAGCUUUGAUUCCAAACAAUAAGGUCCAGUUUUCGCAAGCUUUUCCGUUGCUUGUUUUUGUCGUAUUUGAUGGCAAAUUAUGCUGGUGUUACAUUAACAUCAUUACGAUUACUUGCAAAAUUAAUUGAUGUUGCCUGGGAGUUUUUGGUGUACCACCUUUUUAAAAUGAAUAGUUUUUGGUUUUUUUUUUCUAUGUUUGCAAGUUGUUUGUACACUUUCUGUCUCACAAUAGUUAUGUGAUUCAAAUUGCACUUUGAAAACUAUUUAAACCAAGCUAUGCAAUCAAACGACGGUGCGGAGCUCUACUUUAACGUGGGUAGUUCGGCAUGAGGCAACAGGAACGCGCUAUUUACUAGAUUUCCCGGUUUGUUUGCGGACGGGUUUGAAACGAAAUUGAGUUACUCGCGCUGCAGACGACUUCCGAGCUUCCGUUUAUGGUCUUGUGGCUAACAUUAGGCACACAUAACUUUUCCUAUGAUAUAAAUGGCGUUGUACACCAACUGGAGGUUUAUUUAACGCUUUGACGUCAACGUGCAUUACUAGUUAACGAGAAAAAAAUUACGACCGAUAUAAUACUUAAUUUCCUUUAAAAGGUAGAAACGCGUUGGUAAUGGCUAGAAGUGCGUUUUAUUUCUCAUGGUUAGCGGUGGUUAGUAUCGCCGCAGCAGCGCCUUCGAAACAUAUUGACCGAGCAAGGUCAUCGCAAGCAGGGAAAAGUGUGGCUACAAUUACACCCAAAUAUCCAGCGGAGGAUUUGCAAUUAAUGCAACCACAUUAUAUCACACUUGAAGAUUUCGAGUCAUUGCUACGUCGUGCCGGUGAACUCUUUCGACCGAAUGCGUAUCUCGUAGAUGAUACCACAACAAAAUCGUCAUAUCAGCAGCAUGAAACAAAGCCUGCCGUUACGCCUGCGAGCGUGUCGGCACCCUAUCAACAAAUCCAAUCGCCUGCAGUACAGCCGUUUAACUUCUACAUGCCACUAUUCGAGUAUGAACAUGGCAAAUUGGAUAUGAGAAGUAAACAAAUGGAGUACAUUGUUCCACCACCUGCACCCAGUAAGGGGGCCGAUCCAAUUAAUUAUUACGCCGCAAAACCGAAAAAGUUACCUAAAAAAUUUAACGCGGGCACUAAACAAGUGAACCUAAAAUGGUUAAAUACUUUCGAAAAAGAAGCCCUAACCGAUGUUAACGGCCAGUUGCCAAAAGCAGUGUACUUGGUCAAUGAUGAACGUAACCGUAUUAAUUUUGAUGACUCUUUCUUUGGCGUUGACAUGCAAGUUAAAAUUCCGAAUAACCAGCCUCACAAGGAAGACCACACCCACAGUGCGGGUGCAAGACAACAAGAAGAAUUUCUUAACCAGGGCGAAGAUGGGGGUGAAGAUGAUUUGAUGGCAGCCGCAGCGGGGCAGCUAGAACACACCGUUACACAUGUCUAGUGUAAAUAUUUAGUCAUAAUUUAUUGGUUACAUUUUUUUCUAUGUACAUAUCUAUGUAAGCAUCCAUAUAUAAAUAUGCUGUAAAUAUUACCUAAGAGUGUUUGUGAAAUCUUAUAGCAAAUAAAAUCUGUAAAAUCGGCAA